CACAUCCUGUAAUUAAUUUCACGUGCUUUUUUUAGGUUAUGUUACCACAUAUAAAUAAAUAAAGUUUGUAAAAUGUCUCGUCCUGAGCACUUGGCACCACCGGAAAUCUUCUACAAUGAGGAGGAGGCGAAGAAGUACACCCAAAAUUCCAGAAUCAUAGACAUCCAAGUGCAGAUGAGCGAACGCGCAAUCGAACUUCUAGUCCUUCCCGAAGACACGCCGUGCUUCCUCUUGGAUAUCGGUUGCGGUUCGGGAUUGAGCGGAAGUGUAUUGGAGGAUCAGGGCCACUAUUGGACCGGUCUAGACAUUUCCAGUGCAAUGUUAGAUGUGGCACGGGAUCGUGAAGUCGAGGGCGAUUUGAUUCUCUCCGACAUGGGACAGGGGUGUCCCUUUCGGGCGGGUACCUUCGACGGUGCAAUCAGUAUAUCGGCCCUACAGUGGUUGUGCAACGCAGAUAAGACGUCGCACAAGCCUGUGCAGCGAUUGUACAAGUUUUUUAGCUCACUCUACGCGUGUUUGUCCAGAUCCGCAAGGGCCGUGUUUCAAUUUUACCCGGAAAAUGCCGACCAAAUGGAGCUGGUGACCACUCAGGCAAUGAAGGCGGGAUUUUACGGCGGCAUGGUCGUCGAUUACCCCAAUUCGGCUAAGGCGAAGAAGAUUUUUCUUGUACUGAUGACCGGAGGCAACGUUCCGUUACCGACGGCUUUAGGAGCGGACGAAAGUUCCCAAGGCGUGCCAUACACUGCCAAGCGCGAACAGGCUAGGAAAGCCAGAGGGAAAUCGUUGAAAGGGAGUCGCUCCUGGAUCCUCGAAAAGAAGGAAAGGCGAAGAAAGCAGGGGAAAGAAUCAAGGGCCAACACGAAGUAUACGGGUCGAAAACGAAGCGGUCGAUUUUAGCUGUAUUUAUUUAAGUUUGUAAUAAAAAUUAACAUUCUG